UUAAUGGGUGAUUCUAAAUUGUCUGUAGGUGUGAAUGUGAGUGUGAUUGUUAGCCCUGUGAUAGACUGGUGACCUGUCCAGGGUGUCCCCUGCCUUCACCCUAAGUCAGCUGGGAUAGACUCCAUGACCCUUAGACAAUGAAUGGAUGGAAGCUGUCCUCCAUGCAACAAGGCACCUGAGGCACAGAGUUACUAAUUGUGUACUCACUCGUAAUGAGUAACAACAUGGAAAUGUCACCAACAGAAAACACAGUUAACACUAGAGAUCACAAUAGUUCCUCUGUUGCAGAGCGUACUGGGAACACAUGCCUGCUCCCAGCAUUAUGUUGAGGUUCUGACACACCUCUGUUUGACCUCUCAGACACCCAGAUCAGCUGCAGUUUAACUUUGGGUCAGCUGAACUGGUGCUCAUUUUGACAGAGCAGAUGGGCUCAGUUUAGCACGGCUGUGUUUAAAAAUGCAGUAAAUUUUGGUUUACCCAGACUGGUUGUAAACCUCUGCUUGGUGACAAAGCAGUGGCCCCAGCAGCUGAGCUCUCCUGACAUGUUUCUGUCACUGCAGAAAUGCAAAGUGCACUGGCUGUAAUAAAUGAUCUGCUUCAACGAGGUGCUGCUUUACUGUACAGAAGCUCAGAGAAGUGAGUAGACAACUGUAAGGUGGAGGCAGAGUGAGUGAGAGCUAUUGAUACAUGUAUUAAAUAGAUAUGAUAUGUUACUGUCUACUGUGGAAAUGUAACAUACAUAUUGUGUGAAAUUAGAAGUUGGUUUGAAUACAGAUGUGCAAGAAAACCCAGGGAAUGCCAAUAAUGGAUAGAAUAUCUAAAGUAAGACAGUUAGACUUACUUCAGAAUAAGUAAGCAGUUCCUCAUAAAGGUUGUUUCAAAGUUCAACUUUUAUCUUUCUCAUCAUGGUGAACAGCUUGUCAGAAGAUCUAUGCCUCUUAGUUUAGUAGGCAUUAACUACAAAGCAGCAACGACUGGCACCAAGUCAUCUGAACCUGCUGAAAUAGUCUGUUUAAAUCACUUUUGUUACAAGAGGUUUGCGAGAUGAAAUACUGCAGUACUCGUGGUGGGGUCCAUGGAUGGGACUUCCGGGAUGUGCUGUUUUCAGGCUUUGCACCAGACGGAGGGAUGUUCAUGCCAGAGAGUUUGCCUGUGCUUAGCUCAGACACCCUGAGGUGCUGGAAGGGGCUACCUUACACCAAACUGGUGGUGGAGGUUGCCUCACUGUUCAUUCCCACUCAGUUGAUCCCCAGAGAUGAUCUUGAAGUCCUGGUGGGUGAAGCCCUGUCUGGUUUCUCUGUGCCUGAGGUUGUCAGAAUUGCCCGGCUGAAGAACGGUUUGUCUGUCUUGGAGCUCUUUCAUGGAGACACCUUGGCCUUUAAGGACUUAGCUAUGACCUGCACUGUGCGCUUCCUCGACUACUUCCUGCGAAAAGAGAAUCGCAGAGCUAUGGUUCUUGUAGGUACAUCAGGGGACACUGGUGGCUCAGCCAUCCAGAGUGCAAAAGGUCUCCCUGGGUUGGAUGUGGUGGUGGUUUACCCCCGAGGACGCAUCACUCCAGUGCAAGAGAGACACAUGAUCUCCUGUGUGCAAGAUAAUGUCCAUGUGUUUGCAGCGGACGGCAGCUCAGAUGACAUAGACCAGCCUCUGCGCCGUCUGUUUGCUGACCAGGACCUGGUGAAGUCUCAUGGCCUUAUGAGCCUCAACUCAGUCAACUUCUCUAGAGUCAUGAUACAACUCGCCCACUUCAUCUAUGCUUAUCUGGAGCUCAGUGGAAUGGAAAAGGCCGACGCUGACACAGCCCUGCCUGAGCUGGAGGUGGUGGUUCCAACUGGAGGGGCAGGAAACAUUGCAGCUGGCUACAUCCUAAAGCAGAUGGGCUUGCCCCUGAAACUGGUUGCCAUGGUGAAUUCUAAUGACAUAGUACACAGGACAGUAACUACUGGGGACUUUUCCAUGGCAGCUAAUGUCACACAAACUUUGGCCCCUGCUAUAGACAUCCAGGACCCGUACAACAUGGAACGAGUGUUCUGGCUGCUGCUCGGCAGAAAUGAAGCUUUAGUAAAGACCAUGAUGGAGAAGUUUCAACGUUCACAUAGACACACUCUGCCUGAAAACCACCGCAAACUGCUGUCACAGGUUCUAUCGACUGGCACAGUGACUGAUGAAGGGAUCCUGGAGAUCAUGAGGAGGUGCUGGGAUGAAAACGAAUAUGUGCUUUGCCCUCACUCAGCUGUGGCUGUAUGGCAUCACUACCACUGUCCUCACAGCCCUGGGGUCAACAGGUGUUAUGUUGCAACAGCAUCUCCAGCCAAGUUUCAGGCAACAGUGCUGAGGGCGGGUCUGACCUUUGACCUGCCUGAAGCAGUACUGGCCUUGGACAAGCUGCCCACCCGUUACCAGAACCUGGAGCGGAGCCAUAGCUGGUGCAAAGACUGGGAGGACAGACUGAGAGAGUUCAUCCAGUCUGUGAGUAUAGUCAGGAAGAGCGGAGGGGCUUAUUACACCUGAAAAUGACUGACUGGACAUCAAACAGCUAUAUAUGUGGAAGCUUGGGUGAUUCUGACAGUCUUUCAUUGAUCUAUGCAUUUUAUAAUCUGGAUUGAGUAAGUUAUAUUGAUGGUUAAAGUAUCUUGUUGUGUCUUUGGUAGUCUUUGAUCUGUAGUGUCAUGUGACUUGUCUUUGUCUUUGUACAGUAAAUGUAACACCACAAACCAUUCAAAUUGCUCAGUCUUCCUGCCACAAUUUUAACAAAAAUGUAAAGAUAUACUAAAGAAAAAAUCAAGAAGUGUCUGUUUUCAGAUAUCAUUUAACACUGAGGAGAAUUGUCAGCUACAAGUAACAGAGAAGGACUCUCUACACAGCCUUUGUUACAUAGAAACCCUCACUGAGACACUAAAUGGACAUGUAGGGAGGAUACAAAAUUGAAUACAUUUCAGAAUGAAGUUAAUGUUUUUAAUUUAUUUUCAUAUUUCUUUUUAUGAACUCCUUUAUGGAUAGAAGGCUGUUUUUGUAUUUCUACAUCUGUGAUUUCUGUAUUUCUUAAUUUCAUCUUUAAUUUAUUUCUGUAUUUCUGUGUGUAUAUGUUCAUUGGAUGGGUGGCCCAAACCCCAGUCUAAACAGAAUUGGUCAGUUGGAUGCAACAGACAGUAGCAAACGAUUCCUAUUAACUCUACAUGAGACAAGUUAACUAUGCUUGCCUUCCAUGAACUCCACACAAUGCUUUGAGUAAAGUUAGUCUGCCUUAUUGACACACAGACACAGAAAUACAGACACAAAGAAAUGUAAAAAUAGAGGAUAAAUAAACAAAUGUAGAAAGACACAAAUGUAGAAAUGGAUUUAUUUCUACAUGUAUACACUCACUGGCCACUGCUAGUAAAAGGUUGAACCCCCUUUAGACUUCAGAACUGCCUUAAUUCUUCAUAUCAUAUUUUCAACAAGGUGUUGGAAACAUUCCUCAGAGAUUUUGGUCCAUAUUGACAUAAUAGCAUCACACGGUUGCUGCAGAUUUGUCGACUGCACAUCCAUGAUGCCAAUUUCCUGUUCCACCACAUCCUAAAGGUUCUAUUGGAUUGAGAUCUGGUGACUGGAUACCAUUGGAGUGCAGUGAACUCAUUGUCAUGUUCAAGAAACCAGUUUGAGAUUAUAUGAGCUUUGUGACAUGGUGCAUUAUCCUGCUGGAAGUAGCCAUCAGAAGAUGGUACACUGUGGUCAUAAAGGGAUGAACAUGGUUAGCAACAAUAUCAAGGUUGGCUGUGGUGUUUAAACGAUGCUCAAUUGGUACUAAGGGCCUCAAAGUGUGUCAAGAAAAUAUCCCCCACACCAUUACACCACCACCAGCCCGAACCGUUGACACAAGGCAGGAUGGAUCCACGCUUUCAUGUUUUUUACGUCAAAUUUUGACCAUCUGAAUGUUGCAGCUGAAAUCGAGACUCAUCAGACCAGGCAAUGUUUUUCCAGUUUUCUAUUCUCCAAUUUUGGUGAGCCUGUGUGAACUGUAGCCUCAGUUUCCUGUUCUUAGCUGACAGAAGUGGCACCUGGUGUGGUCUUCUGCUGCUGUAGCCCAUCUUCUUCAAAGUUCCACUUGCUGCGCGUUCAGAGGUGGUAUUCUGCAUUCCUUAGUUGAAACGAGUGGUUAUUGGAGUUACUUUUGCCUUUCUAUCAUCUCCAACCAGUCUGCCCAUUCUCCUCUGACCUCAUAUCAACAAGGUAUUUUGAUGCACACAACUGCUGCUCACUGGAUAUUUUCUCUUUUUUGCACCAUUCUCUGUAAGCCCGAGAGAUGGUUAUGUGUGAAAAUCCCAGUAGAUCAUCAAUUUCUGAAAUACUCAAACCAACGCGUCUGACACCAACAACCAUGCCACAUUCCAAGUCACUUAAAUUCCCUUUCUUCCUCUGUCUGAUACUCCGUUUGAACUUCAGCAUAUUUCCAUGAAUACGUCUACAUGCCUAAAUACAUUAAGCUGCUGGCAUAUGGUUGGUUGAUUAAACAUUUGUGUUAACAAGCAAUUCAACAGGUGUACCUAAUUAAGUGGCUGGUGAGUGUAUAUUUUGUAUCAGUGACAUGUUUCAGCCUUGGGGUGGCGCCACAUAAGCAGCAAUAGAUUGAUUACAUAAGGAUAGGUUUUAGCUUACACUGACCUGCUAGUGUUGCUCAGUAGCCCAUCCUGUAGUACACAAUACUGACCCCCUGAUAGCAGAGCUGCUGCACCAUGCCCAAAACGAAUGGAAGUGAUAUGAAUUUUGUACCAACUCGUUUCUUGAAUCGUAAUGAAAUUAAUAAACUUAAUAUAUUUGUGGUA